CUCUCACCGCUGCGGCCGGGGCCUGUGCGGGAGCUCGGGACAGGGACAGGGACAGGGACAGGGGCAUGGCCGGGGCCGGGGCGGAGGCGCGGGUGCAGUGCCCAGUGUGCGCGCUGGAGCUGCCCGCCUCUCACAUCAACGCGCACCUGGACGGCUGCCUGCAGGGCGCGGGGCCGGAGCCCUCCUGCAAGAAGCCGCGCCUGGCGGGGGCCGGCCCAGGCGGGAGCCCCGGCCCCGCGGCGCUGAGCGGGGACAGCCUGGCGCAGAAGCUGGAGGGGAAGCCGCUGGCCGACAAGCUGCGGCCCGGCAGCCUGGGCGAGUACGUGGGACAGGACCAGGUGGUGGGCGAGGACACGUUGCUGCGCUCCCUGCUAGAGAGCCGCGAGGUGCCGUCCCUCAUCCUCUGGGGGCCGCCCGGCUGCGGCAAGACUACACUUGCACACAUCAUAGCCAACAACAGUAAGAAAAAUGGCAUAAGGUUUGUGACGUUAUCAGCAACAAGUGCUAAGACAACUGAUGUCAGAGAGGUCAUCAACCAAGCCCAGAAUGAAAAGAGACUCUUCAAAAGGAAGACCAUUCUCUUUAUUGAUGAAAUUCACCGUUUCAAUAAAGCUCAGCAGGACACUUUUCUUCCUCACGUUGAGUGCGGAACUGUGACGCUGAUUGGGGCAACCACAGAAAACCCUUCCUUCCAGGUGAAUUCUGCUCUUCUGAGUCGAUGUCGUGUUAUUGUUCUUGAGAAGAUCUCAGUGGAGGCGAUGGAAGCAAUUCUGAUGCGGGCUGUCAGGUCCCUGGGGAUCCAGGUUUUACGCCAGGAUGAACAACACACUGACACUGCAAGUGGCAGUGAUAGCAAGAGCUCAGAGUCUUCAGUGUGCAUAGAGGAGAAAGCUCUCCAUACUCUUGCCUACCUCUGUGAUGGUGAUGCAAGGACUGGAUUGAACGGACUCCAGCUGGCUGUUCAGGCCAGAUUAACUGCAGGAAAAAGCUCUCAUCAAAAUAGUAUCCACACGUAUCCUGCAGAUACAGUUCUUAUAACAGAAGAGCAUGUGAAGGAAGGACUACAACGGUCUCAUAUCCUUUAUGACCGAGCAGGUGAAGAGCAUUACAAUUGCAUAUCAGCACUUCAUAAAUCUAUGCGAGGCUCAGAUGAAAAUGCUUCCCUCUACUGGCUUGCCCGGAUGCUUGAAGGUGGUGAGGAUCCACUGUAUGUGGCAAGAAGGCUGGUGAGGUUUGCAAGUGAGGAUAUAGGACUAGCGGAUCCUUUGGCAUUACCACAGGCUGUUGCUGCUUAUCAAGGUUGUCAUUUUAUUGGCAUGCCCGAAUGUGAGGUUCUACUAGCUCAGUGUGUAGUCUACUUUGCCAGAGCACCCAAGUCUAUAGAGAUAUAUGGAGCAUACAGCAAAGUCAAAGAAUGCCUGAGAAGCCACCAGGGACCACUUCCUCCUGUUCCACUGCACUUGAGAAAUGCUCCAACCAGACUCAUGAAAGACUUGGGAUAUGGAAAAGGCUAUAAAUAUAACCCCAUGUACAAGGAGCCUGUAAACCAAGAUUAUCUGCCUGAAGAGCUGAAAGGAAUUGACUUUUUUAAGGAAAGAAGAAAGUAAAUGUGUUGAAGUAUCUUCCCUUUUUAUGAAGGAUGUGUCUGCAUUCAAAUGCAAUGUCAAAAUUAUUAAGCCAUUGGGCCAAUGAUGAUCCUUUUAUGCUUCAGGUUUAUAAAUGUUUCCAUGUGUUUUAAAAAAUAUACAGUAACACAAUUUGGGAAGACAAAGGUGAAUUUUAUUAGCUUAAUACACAAACAAUGUGUUUUGCCUAUUAAGAAAAAUAUACAUAAGGCUUAAGAGAAGAAACUGUUAGAAAAGUGCAAUGAAAGACUUUUCUUACUAAAAAAAGACCCUGCCUUACUUGCUUCAAAUCUUGAGGAUAUAACUUUUUCCAUUUUUUCAGUGCAUUUCAAUAAUGAAAUUAAAUUGCAGAAAAUUAUAAAAUGUAAAACAAAAUGUAAUUACAAUGUAAUAGUCAUGAUUAUAUUUUAUUUCUGAAAUUGUUUUAUAAGAUUUCAUAACCAAUAAAGUUGUUCCAAAAUACUGAAAA